CACAUAAUCUCUCAACGUAAACAUUUAAUUUGAUCCGACACUCCACGGCCGCCGUUUUUUCCUCCGUUUGUUUACAUUUUCUCACCCAAGCUUUAGUAAUUCCCAUGAAAACAGUCCCCGAGUCCAUGGCGGACCAGACUACAGAGUGGGGCCCUGGGAAAACACCGCAGGGCAGAGCUCGUCUCCCCUCGAGCAGACCACGCGAGAAGCCGCAGCUGUCAUGCAACCUGUGUAGAAGGAGAAAACUGCGAUGUGACCGCCAAAGACCCUGCAGCAGCUGUGUGCAACGAGAGCUCGGGCUGUCGUGCACGUACGCUUCUGACAGAGUCCCAGGCGGCGAUGCGGCACACCAGCCUCGUGUAACCACACAGGAUCGCAUCCGCCACCUCGAGAGUCUUGUUUUCGAUCUGAUGCAGCAGUCGUCAGUCAGCCAGGGCCAGCACGGAGGAGGAACGCCUUGCUCCCCCGUAGGAAGUACCCGUUCCGCCGUGGACACGGCUUUCGCUGCUACACCCUCUGAUGAUUACGGGAGCAUGCAGUCGCGAGGGGCGAACUACGUGGGGAGUUCGCACUGGGCUGCUGUUCUCGACGGGAUUGCCGAGCUCAAAGACCAUUUCGAUAGUGAGGAGGAGGCGGCGCAUCCCGACGUACAAGGUGUCGAGUCGCCUGCCGCGGAGAUUACUGGCCCCCAGCUGUUCUACGGCUGCCCCAAGCCCGCUAGCAAGGACGAGAUACUGGCGUCGAUCUUAACCCUAAGCCGCCCGGUAGUAGACCGAUUGGUCUCACGCUAUUUUAACUCGUUCGAGAUGUCGCCCGCCGUACUCCACAGCGUGGAAUUUCUCAAGGAGUACGAAGACUUCUGGAACGACCCAGCUGCUGUGCCGCCUCUCUGGUUGGGCCUUUUGUUCACAAUCAUGUGCUUGGCAACCCAAUUCGAAAAGUUCCGCCUAGACCCUGGCGUGCAGUCCCCCGCGGCUCUGUCCAUGGAGAGAGAUCUCCAAAAGAUGGCGGAUACGUACAGGCUACGGAUUGGCCAGUGCCUCGUUCUUGGCGACUACACCAAAGGCGGACCAUAUGUGCUGGAGACGCUUAUGCUUUACAUGGCCGCUGAGGUGUUUUCAAGCACAGAUGCGAGGAUCGACAUAUGGAUCCUAAUGGGGAACACGGUUCAGAUUGCCUUACAUAUGGGCUAUCAUCGAGAUCCGAAGCAUUUCAAGGGCAUGUCAUUCUUUGCCACGGAAAUGCGGAGAAGGGUCUGGGCGACUCUGGUCGAGAUGGAUCUUGGUCUUUCUGCUCAGAUGGGGCUACCAAGAAUGAUCAAGCAGUGGCAAACUGAUACACGGGAGCCGUCAAAUCUCCAAGACAAUGACUUUGACAAGACAACCAUUGAAAUGCCUCCGUCGAGGCCAGACACAGAAUUAACCCCCAUUCUCUACCGUCUUGUCAAAGCAAGAUUGACGACAACGGUCGGAUAUAUCUGGGACUUUGCGGCUGAUGUCCGACCGUACACAUACACUGAGGUGGAGAGAAUGGAUAGCAAACUAGAUGAGGCACGCAAGUCGAUCCCAGACUGUCUCAAGUGGCAUUCCUUCGCCCGCUGCAUCACAGACUCUCCGCAGAACAUCAUGCAAAAGGUUGUUCUGGAAACCUUGUUCUACCGCGCAAAGAUCGUUCUCCACCGAAAGUUCAUGUUUGGUCCGCCAGCAAACUCUGCUGACUCCAAACGUAUCGUCUUGGAGUCAGCUCUCAAGCUUCUAGACUACCAGCACAUGCUGCAAGAAGAAACACAACCUUUUUGUCAGCUUUACCAAGAAAGAUGGAGAGUUUCUUCAUUAGUUAACCACGAUUUUCUCCUCGCUACAUCCGUGUUACUGUUUUAUCUGCAGAGCACGAAACGCGAAGGCAUGCAGGUUACUGAGUCAGCGGCGAUGGAUGAAACCAUCCUGGUGUCCCUCAGAAGAUCUUACGACAUCUGGUUACAGUCAAGCAAUUCAUCCAAAGAAGCGAGGAAAGUUGUGAAAGCAUUGGCUGUAGUCCUCGAAGUCAAUAAUACCUCAGAUGCAGAUUCAGGGUUCGACUCGAGCAUCUCGUUCGGCGUUCCUUCGGGAUAUGCCUCUUCCAGCAUCAACGAUUAUCAACCAGAGAUUCAACCAGGUCUCGGCUCACAGUUCCCAAUGCUUCAUGACACGAUGAUGCCGAAUUGGGCCACGUUUGCGGAUGAUUUACUGGCUGCGCCGAUUGCUACCCCGAGUAAUCAGUGGCAAGCAAUGGAUGGUAAGUCAACCUUGAGGGUCCCACAUACUUGAAGGGUUUAAUGAUUAGAUCCGUAGAGACGGUGGAUGCAAUGGGGUCUCUGACAUGGCCGUGGAACUUGCAAUGACAUGCAUUUGGUGAGAGAGUGGAUAACAUGACAUUGGCAAGGAGUAGUUGGCUUGGAAAUAGGCAUUUCCGUGGCUUUACCGUGAUACUCCGCAGGUUGAUGAGAUGCUUGCAUCCCUUGUGAGACCAAUCAGUGCGACCCAAGAGUUAGAGUGGCAGCUUAGAGGCGCGUGGUUCGUCGUAUACGAAAAUUAAUGGCGACUUCGACCCCUGCAACCUGACUCUUCUGGCUGAACUCGUUAAUGCGGGCCGUCCCGACACGGCCGAUGACGAAAAAGGUCAUGACCUGUCAGCGGAAAAGCAUCCUGCCACCCCACGCAUCACUCACCGAGAGCGGAAGUGAUGAACGAAGGAUUAACGUUUUAGAGUGAGCGGGAACAGGUCCAUGAUGUGACGAGUUAUUUGCCAAAAUGUCACGAACAAUGGAAGAGACCCGCCUGCAGGUGAUGAAAUGCAGAGCACAGCCUGGAUGGACAGGGGUCUAUCAGAAUGGAUCAUCUUAUCUACGGCACAGUUUCUUGUAAGCGAACAGGAGAUUCCGGAGGUGAAAUGAUUUAUUUGCCCGAGUUGAGCUUCUGGGGCAAUGUUUCGAGAACAGAGUCAUGCCGGCUUUCGCGGACGGUAACUAAACCAUAAUUUCCAUUAGCGGCGGCAGAUCGAGGUACCCGUAAGAACUAAGCCACCGAAUGCCAACAGGGGUACGAACACAC